AAUGGCACAUCGAAAGAGGAAGAGGAGACGGGAGAGGUGAUUAACGCCAGAGAGAGACCAGACUCUCACUCUGACAGCGGGAAGAGUCCUUCAGGGGAACCAGACCCAGAGAUGCCCAAACCAGCAAGACAACAUCACUGUUCCCAUUGUGGAAAGAGUUUUACCUGGUUAGGGUACCUAAAACAGCAUGAGAGAACACACACAGGAGAAAAGCCUUUCCAAUGUUCCCAGUGUGAAAAGAGUUUUACCGUGUUAGUCAACCUGAAAAGGCAUGAGAAACUACACUCUGGAGAAAAGCCAUUCCAAUGUUCCCAGUGUGGAAAAAGUUUUACCCGGUUAGGACACUUAAAAGAGCAUGAGAGGACACACACAGGAGAAAAGCCGUACCACUGCUCUCAAUGUGAAAAGAGAUUUUCACGAUCAGGGGAUCUAAAAAGUCACGAGAGGACACACACAGGAGAAAAGCCUUACCAAUGUUCUCAGUGUGAGAAGAGUUUCACCCAGGUAGGGAAUCUGAAAAUACAUAAUAGAAUACACUCCGGAGAGAAGCCUUACCAUUGCUCCCAUUGUGGAAAGCGUUUUACCUGGUUAGGGAGUCUGAAUUCGCAUGAGUGGACACACAGAGGAGAGAUGCCUUACCACUGCUCCCAAUGUGAAAAGCGUUUUAGCCAGUUGGAGCACCUGAAAUCACAUGAAAGAACACAUUCAGGAGAGAAGCCUUUCCACUGCUCUCAUUGUGGAAAAACAUUUUCCCAGUCAGAGGACCUGAAAUCCCAUGAGAGAAUAGAGAGGCUGUGUUCUGACUUAUGCUUUUGACUGGAAAUGUGUGUGUUUUGAAAUCAUAUUGUUUACCUGAAACCUGACUGACAUAUUGUUUAUAUGAAACCAAAAUAGGCCUCCUCUUGUUUUUUUCAUCCCGAGACAUGAUCGAUGAAAAAUAUCUCUUAAGUCUGGGUAGGCUGGGUGGGAGGUAACCCAAUGGGUAUGUCUGGGUAGCCUUUUGACCUUUUAUUAAAACAGGUUUGUCUUCAUUGGUGGAUAGAUGAUUGUAGAUGCAAGGAUGGUUUUCCUAGGUUAUCGAAAGGAAACUAAAACAGUCAAACAAGGCAUAUCUACAUGGGCAUUACAUUACAUGAAAUACACUUCAACAAAGUUCCAAAUUUAUAUAUAUAUAUAUAUAUACACAAUAUGAAUCAACACUUGGUAAGGUUUCUAGCAGUAAACGGGCUUUGAAUAUUAUGUAGACCUCGUAAUCAGAGGUGAUUAAAAACAAUACUAAAGAGUUACACUACAUGACCAAAGUAU